GGCAAGUGGCUGGCUGGGGGCAGCCCCGCCCGCAGAAAAGUCUGGCCGUGCCGGUGACUCAGAAACAGGCCCGCUCCCCCGGCCCUUCCCUUUCACCACCCACCCCGUCAUAAAGCCAAUGGCCGUCACCGCCCACCUCUGACUGACAGUAACUAGAGCCAAUGGAAUCCAAAGAUCCGCCUCAACUGCGCCACUAGCAGCCAAUAGCUGAGCAGCUACAGGGUGUGAGCGUUUGCCCGCCCCCACGCCGGCCUACUGUCCAACCUCAAGCCGUGUUGGGGGAGAGUGGCGUGGCCAGUCUCCAAUCGAAUUGCACGGGAGGUUGCUAAGGGGUAGUUGGUAGCAGGGCCGGCUCGGCUGCAGACCGAUGGGAACUGGUGCCGGAAGCGUCGAGAACAGCGACCGGGCUGGGCCUACAGCCUUGGGCCAACACAGCUACAACACUGCCAUAUUUCCGGCAUUCUGUAACCAACUCUAGAUGUCAUUUGACUACCACUUACGGUCUGUUCCGUUGUCAGUCUGAGAGACAGUGCUCUGUCCGAGUCAGUUUGGGUUUUCCAGGUACAAGUCAAGUUGGUUCCAAGUUGUAGAAAAAGAUGGGGUUUGGGUGUCUGGUGCUCAGGUGCGGUGGAGGCAGCUGCGAACAAAGCAGUUAGAAAUUAGGUAAUUCUACUAGAACAUCGAUCUGAACGGUAAAACUCGGAUCCUUUGAGGACUGCCUGAAUACUUCUAGCUCUGAAGAACAAGCAACACUGAUUUAAAAUGAAUGCAAUGCUGGAAACCCCCGAGCUGCCAGCAGUGUUCGAUGGGGUGAAGCUGGCUGCAGUCGCCGCUGUUCUCUAUGUCAUCGUUCGCUGCCUGAAUCUAAAGAGUCCAACUGCCCCUCCUGAUCUCAUUUACCAGGACACUGCUCUGUCGCGCUUCCUGCUCAAAUCCUGCCCGCUUCUGACCAAAGAGUAUAUUCCACCCAUGAUCUGGGGGAAGAGUGGACAUAUUCAGACGGCUCUCUAUGGGAAAAUGGGGAGAGUGAGAUCACCACAUCCGUAUGGACUUCGCAAGUACCUCACAAUGUCAGAUGGAGCGACGGCAACUUUUGAUCUCUUUGAGCCCCUGGCUGAACACUGCAUUAGAGAGGAUGUCACGAUGGUCAUCUGCCCUGGAAUUGCUAAUCACAGCGAGAAGCAGUACAUACGUACCUUUGUUGAUUAUGCCCAGAAAAAUGGUUAUAGGUGUGCUGUCUUGAAUCAUCUGGGAGCUCUGCCAAAUAUUGAGCUCACUUCUCCACGCAUGUUCACAUAUGGUUGCACCUGGGAAUUUGGAGCCAUGGUUAACUACAUCAAGAAGACUUUCCCUCAGACCCAGCUGGUUGUGGUGGGCUUCAGCCUGGGUGGAAACAUUGUGUGCAAAUACCUAGGAGAGACCCAGGCCAACCAAGAGAGAGUGCUGUGCUGCGUCAGUGUUUGCCAAGGGUACAGCGCGCUAAGGGCACAGGAAACCUUCAUGCAGUGGGAUCAGUGUCGGAGGUUUUAUAACUUCCUCAUGGCAGACAACAUGAAGAAAAUCAUCCUCUCUCACAGGCAAGUCCUGUUCGGAGAUAGCAUUAAGCAGCCCCAAGCCCUGGUUGACUCAGACCUGAGCAGACUCUACACAGCAACAUCCCUCAUGCAGAUCGAUGACACCAUCAUGAGGAAGUUCCAUGGCUACAGUUCCCUGAAAGAAUAUUAUGAAAAGGAGAGUUGUCUGCAUUACUUGCCAAGGAUCUAUGUUCCCCUCAUGCUGGUUAAUGCUGCUGAUGACCCUCUGGUACAUGACAGUCUGUUAUCGAUCCCAAGAGCUCUGUCAGAAAAACGGGAGAACGUCAUGUUUGUGCUACCACUCCAUGGAGGCCACCUGGGCUUUUUUGAGGGGGCUGUACUCUUUCCUGAACCCCUCACUUGGAUGGAUAAGCUUGUGGUGCAGUACACCAAUGCCAUCUGCCAGUGGGAGAGGAAUAAGUCUCAGUGCUCAGAUACAGAGCAAGCAGCGUCCGGCCAGGAGUAACUGCCCCAAAGACACUCUCCGAUUUGCUUCACUAUAUUUCCCUCUUCUGGAACUCUGAAUUCCCUCACCUGCUGUUUCAGGUUUCCAUCCUCUUUGUGACAUCCUGGGACUGGGGGUUGGCCACAAUGUUUCCUUCUGAAAUGGAGCUACAACAGAGGGCAAUAACUGGUUUUGAGCAUAUUUGUGUCUCCUUAUGGGGUUUGCAGUGCACUGCUGCAUUUGAAGAACUGGCUUGCUGCUUUGAGUUGCUGGUUAGGGCUUGCUGCAGGAUUCUCAUACUAAUGUGAUGGCCUACUUAGAAAGUAGAAGUCCCAGUGCUGCUGACCAUCAGGUUAUUCUUCCACUGGUCAAGACUCUUCAUGGAGUUGCAGAACUUGUUUAGCUAUGGAUGAGUUGUGCUGGGAGUUCAGUUCCCCCUGUCUGGUCAUAUCUCUCCUAACACUGGGAGAACCCUGUAUCAAUCCAUAGAAACCAGCAGUUCAGUCUGUAAGCCACUGGGAUGUGGCUUGCAGAAAGAGUGAAACCCUGAAGUGACAAGUAGAGUUUCAGCCUUGCGCCAUCUGACAAGGGCCUCUUGCUUUCUCUGGCAGUGCCCAUACCAGGAUUCAGCUGGGUUAGAAAACACUGAGCAACUUGUCAGAGCUUCAGCUAUCUCAAGUGUGGUGGUGCAUUCUGCUGCUCCUGCAUUUCUUCUCUGCUGGGCCUCUCUGUAUAGAUGAGUUUCACGUUGGUCAUUCUGUUGGAUUUCCUACUAUGUAAACACUCUCACACCAAGACAAAACAGAUAGCCUUCUUAUGAUACUUGCCUUUUUUUUUAAAUGUAAAGAGUUUUAUUUUAUCACUGUAUUUUUGUGUUUUAACCCAGGCCUUUUUGAAAUGGGUUCUGGUAAAUGCAUUGGAACCGCUGAUUAUCAGUCUAUGGGGUAUAUCCAAUUUGUGUGAGAGUAUUUCACAGAGAAUGAAUACACCCUUCUUAAGGAGUGUCUGGGGGGACAGGGACGGACGGACAUGUCAAUAUCAAUUCUUGCUUCUUCUCUUUCCUUGUAUGUGCCAGGGUAGAAUGUUCCAAAAUCUCUCCCCUGAACUUUGGAAGCAAUGAAUGGUUUUGUUUUUCAGCCACAUGACUUGCCUAGGAGUUUACGGGAACUGGAUGUCUCUAACCCUGUGUAGCUUAAAUGUUUAUCUCUGUAUGACUAACUGCCUCCACAGUUAUUAGGAUCUGGUAAGGCUGUCUAUGUCCAGCUGGGCAUUAGAGCCCUUCUGGCUCAUUAAGUCUUUUCCCCACCCAGGAUAUCAACUUCCACCAAGAUCAACUUCAGUUAAUGCACAAGGUGAAGUGUGGCAAUUUGAAAGUCACUUGCAUUCCUCCCUCAUCUAGGGGCUGAUACUGUAUUGUUGCCCAGAGGGCUCUCUUAAGAUAAACACCCUAGAAGAAAAGCUCCCCCAUGACAAUCAAGGACCUUAAUAUAAAAAUAGAAACAGUCUGUCGAGACAGUGGAACUUUGUGGUCAAACUUUGCUUUACUUUCAGUUCCUUCAAUAUCAUCAUCUCAUUACUCUGUCUUUGUAACUCCUUUCAUCAUCCAUUUACUUCAUCUCUGUUCCUGUCACACUUCCCACACCAAUUAGCACUUUAUUGCUCUAGCCCUGGUUUUGCAUUCUAGGCACUUUAGUUGAAGCUUAAGGGUAAAACACCCUGCUGAAUUUCAGUCCUGUAACACUAGUGGAAGAAGCUUCCUGGGCCACACGAUCUCUGGAGUUCAGUAGAUUGGAGAGAUUUUUGUUUAAUAAAGCAAUAAUUAACUACUGUAGCAAAGGUGCAUGAUCAUAUCAGGAAACAAACUCCUUCAGUUUGCCUUAGGCCAGUUGCCUUGGCCUGUUUUAACAAACUGUGGUAAUCGGUGCAUUGUCUCGUUUAGAGAGAGAAUUCAGGUUCUGCUGUUGUAGAAGUAGAAGACAUGACCAAAGCAAAGCCAUGGCAAGAUUUGGCCAUGCUUGUGGCUGGCUUAAAGGACGUUGGUUGGUGUUUGUGUCUGUCUUUGUGCUCAUCCUCUUGUCCAUAACUCAUCCACAAAUCACCAGAACAAUCAUACAGGGCAUUCCGACUUUGGCUCUGUUCUCGCUGAAGUAGCUGUUGGUAUAAAUAAUUCAUAGGACAUAACUUAGAGUAUCUCCCACUCUUUUAGAAGUUGAAUGUAAGCCGCUCUUAUUUAUACACGUUGGCAUAGAUACAUGAUAUAAAUGUGUGGGGGGGUGGCUCUUUAUCUACGAUGGGUUUGAACUUCAGAAGUGCUUAAAGUCUAUAGCCAGCUCUGCAAUUGCUGUUCGUAAGCCACCAGCCAUCCAAGAGACCAGACUGCCCUUCCCGCAGUAAGGAGUUCCCUCUACAGGUCGCUAUGUGCAUUCAUUCCUCCAAACCCAGCUUAGCUGCAAGUAGGAGUCGUCCUCACUCCCAGGGGAACAGACGCUGUCCUUAGCACCCAUCAAACUGUUGAGGCUUCAAAGAGGAGGCAAAACCCAGGUGACGUGUUGAUGUAUUUGAAGCAAGAAAUGUUUUUGCUGUUUCCCAAAUAGUUGCUUUUUAAACAAAAAAGAGCCUCAAUUGUUUUCUCUAAUAAAAUAAUGAUGAACUCGACCCCUUUCCAGUGUAGCUGAGCCCUGGGUUUGCAGCUGUGCUAAACUAAGCCCAGUUUUGUAACUCUUCCAACUUUUCUGUAAAUGAGUUGUGUGGCCCUUGUUUGCAGAAUGUCAGUUCUCUAAAAGUAAGUGCUGAAGGCUUCCUUCUCCGGUGGUGACUUGCAACCAUUUUCUAACUGAAAGCAAAAGGGAUCGUUGCUUUGGAGAGGCUUGUUUUGGGUGUUCAAUGUCUUUGGUGGCUCUUUAGCUGCUGAGCUCAGGGAUUCCAUUACCAUACACCUAAGUGUUGUAGAACCUGUCUGAAGGGGAGCUCCGUCUCCUUGGAUUCAGUGAGGGAGGCUUUGACUUGGAAAGGCUUUUAGUAAGAUGAUGGCAUUUUGGUCUCCUGUUUCCUAGGGCAUGAGGAAGAAUGGUGGUGUCUUCAUUUCUUCAAACACAGGGAUAUAGUCUAGUGUAAUUAACUGAUCUUAUUGUGGCAGGUGAUCAGCCAGUGACUUCUGUUCUUGCUGAGUUACUAAACAUAACUCCUCCCCCAAUGAGAAGAGCACCUGGGGGAAUUUCCAACCUGGUGGGAGUUGCUGCUUGUCCAGUCAAACUGGGCAGACAGGAAGGGAUUCUGCUGUUGGAGAAACCCAAAGGAAGCAGAUUUCACUGGGAAAAUUCCAGUUCUUUUUUUUCACCAUUGUUGGCAGCUGAAGUCUGUCGCCCCUUCUUCCUUUGUGAGCUCAUCCUACCUGCAGUGAUUCCAAAAGAGGGUCACCACAUUUCUGUAGAAAGUAAAGCCCCUCCCAGGGUUAGACUGGAUGGUACUGUGAAAGAUCUCUAAGACUUAAGGAAACUGUUCAUGAUCAGCAUCCGUUCCUCUUCAGAGGUAGCACCAGGCAAGAACUUUUCCCUGUAAUGCUGCCUAUAGAGAUUUCCAUAGCACUUACUUUCCCACUGCCUCUCUCUCUGCCCAUACGCAGUCUGAGGCGUCAGGAGCACUUAGCACCCCAGACAUUCUGGAGCAGUCACUUGGGGGGUUGGGGAGGAGGUGGACCUAAGGCUUGGCACUCUUGCCACAAGAGUUCUUGCACCUUCAGAUGAGCUGUCUGUAUUCUCUAAAGCACUUGAAGUAGUUGUGCUUGUGUUUGGAGUCUGAUAAAUGCUAGGAGGUGUGGAAGUUAGCUAGUCUAGUUUCGGGAGAAAGGGAAGGAGUUGCUUAAGGCUUUUACCGUGGGCUUUAAGGGUCUCAUUUGAGUUUUGAGACUUAAGUUCACCCCAACAAGAUUUUUGUAGCUAGAAAUGUUAAAUAAAAACUCCCUCACCAGUGUGACUUGCUGUGGCUUUGAAUGCAUGGGCCAGGGACCAGUGGUGUAAAAUUUUAAGAGCUUCCCAGUCUGACUGGAAGCCAUAUCUUGCAGAUCAUUUCUUCUGCCUUCCUUCUAGCUAAAAAUCUGCUGCACUACAUAAUUCUGUAUUCAGGCUUCUAGAGAAGGGGCUUCUGUAUUAAACCCUAUAGCUAGAGGAGACAGUGCACACUGCCGUAAGAGGGUCUGUCAUUGUACAUCGAUCCUAAUUUGCUGUGCCCCACGCAAUAUGCUAGCAGUGGUAUGUGAUAUGGGCAUAUGCAUGCCAGGGACCAUGUUGACAUCAUCCUCCUAAUAGCAUAUGACCUAGGUCAGGUUUGAGCUCUUACCUUUAGAGGUGAAAGUCAUGAGUGUUCAUUCCAGGCCUAUAGAGACUUUUUCUCUUCCACAACAAGCACCUUCCAAAACAACCUCACUAGUCAUAGCAAGCAUCCAAAGUGUAAGCCUCUGAAUACUUCCUGAAAUAGCCUGAUAAUGCAAAUGGAACAGUGCAGCUCUUCUCUUUAGAUCUGCUGUGUGAGAUGGGAGCUAACAAGUGGAUUUUC